AUGGUGCUUCAUCGGGCCAUCCAGGCGGUUCGGGCGGGGGAUCUCGCAACCCUGAAGAAGCUUGCAUUUUCUGGUUACCUGUCACCUGACAUCACUGAUGCUCAAGGUGCCGGCCCAGUGCACCAUGCGGCAAGGUGUGGUCGCCUGGAGUGUCUGCAGUUCCUGGUGGGCGAGCUGGGUCUGGCAGCUGAUGCUCGGGCCUCUAACGGGGCCACUCCAGCUCAUGAUGCUGCAGCUACUGGACACAUCCGGGAGUUGCAAUGGCUGGUGGAUCAAGGAGGCUGCAACAUUGAGGAUCGGGAUGCUGCGGGUGCCACCGCGCUCCACCUCGCAGCCCGGUUUGGUUGCGUUGAGGUCAUUAGGUGGCUGCUCUCUGUAGGUGGAGCGGCCGAGGUGGAGACAAACUGCAGAGCUGUAGCUGCUCACUACGCUGCAGCCAAUGGGGACCUCACCUGUUUAAAACUGCUCAUCCAGCAGGCACCUGGGUGUGUGAACCAUCAGACAGGUAUUGGUGCUACCCCUCUGUACCUGGCCUGCCAGGAAGGGCACCUGCACGUGAUGGAGUACCUUGUGAAGGAAUGCGGAGCCGACGUCCACCUGAGGGCCCACGAUGGCAUGACCUGCCUGCACGCUGCUGCUCACAUGGGCCACCAAGCUGUGGUAAUGUGGCUGGUAACCUGUACUGAUGUCAGCCUGCCCUGCCAGGACAGAGAAGGAGCCACUGCUCUGCACUUUGCUGCCAGCAGGGGGCACUAUUGCAUCUUAGAGAGGCUGCUUCACAUGGGUUCAAAGGUCAUCAGGGAUUACUGGGGAGGGACCCCACUUCAUGAUGCUGCUGAGAACGGAGAGCUGGAGUGCUGUAAAAUCCUGUUGGCCAAUCAGGCGAACCCUUCAGACCAGGAUAUUGAUGGGUUCACAGCAGCAGACUUGGCAGAGUAUAAUGGACACCAUGAAUGUGCCAGAUAUCUGCGUGCCAUGGAGAAAAAUAAGCCCUGUGCAGAUAAGCCCAUCGAGGUGAUCGCUCCAGUGGAGGAGGAAGUGAAGGUGAAGCCUGCCGUGGUGUUGCAGCGCAGCAGGGAGGACUACUACGGUUGCCUGAGUGACACAUGCAGCGACACUCGCAGCAGUAAAACACCCAUGGAUAGUUUAAAGCAACCUGAGAGUGAGGAGGACCCCCAGGCGAGAUACCCUCAGCCCCCUCCUGCACCUCCUUUACCCUCUGCUUCAUCCACACCUGUCCAGCCUGAGAAAACAGCUGUCAGACGAAUAGAGCAGAUUCAAAUCGCAACAUCUGUUAUUAAAGGUUUUAAUCAGCCCAAGGCCGCUGGGAGUGAGAUAACAGCCUCUCCUGAGAAGAAAAUGUUGCCUGAUACAAACCUCCUGGCUGAAAGAAAACUUCUUGGCGACAUGAAGCCCAUUAAAUCUCUGAAGCAGUCAGGCAUAUCAGGAGUCUUUACCGGACAAGCUAAUAAGAUGGUGGUCCUGCCCACCGAGCAGGCCAACCUGGCCGACAUCGACUACCUGGUGCCCACACACGAUGAGAGAGGCUGUCCUAUUGCUGAGUGGAAGAGGCAAGUCAUGGUGAGGCAGCUGCAGGCCAGGCUGCUGGAUGAGGAGGAUCAGAGGAGGAAGGAAAAUGGUAACAAAUAUGCCAAAGUCAGCUGGAGGUACUCCCAAGCCCACAAUGCCAUCCUGGGGCCCUCUGGUGAGCUGCUGACCGAGGAUGACCUCAUCUAUCUGGAGCAGCAGAUUGCCAACGUCUCCAUGCAGAGGAACUGCGAAGGAUACGAGCUAGAACUCGCCCGUUUAGCCGAAGAGCUGCGGCACAUUCUGCCGGCCCCCAUCGUAAACAUCACCGCCAACACGCAAUUCAGAAACUUCUCGAGUCAUGUUCCUCUACCUGUGUGGUGCGGACGCAUCUCGGGCAUCGUGAAGAGCAUGUCUCUGCUUAUGACCAACCUGACGGAUCAGCCCUACUGCAAGAUGCCCAACACCGACCUGAUCACUGUGUUCUCCCAGACGCCGGAUAGACAGAACUCCACCAGGGGACGCAGGGAGAGGAUAGAGGAUGAAAUCCAUCAGUUUGGAGUGUCUGUGAGGACGCUGAAGUAUAAUUUCGAGACGCAGAACUCGACAUUGUCAGAUGAGCCGGAGGAGGCCGUCGUGUUAGAUUCCUCCACACAGCUUGAGGCGACAGAGUCAGAGAAACAGCCGAAAGUCUUGAAUCCUGCCCCAGAAACAGACCAGAACAGUGACUCUGGCAUCGACUAUGAUGAAAACGUCGUAGACGUUCGAGAGACCACCAGCCUCAGAAAGGAGCGUAUAGUCGUGCUGUUCUUAGGCCACUGGAAGAAGUCGGCCUACACCGUGACGCUGAAGAGCAAGGAUGCAGCAGAGAAGAAGACGAACGGCGGCAACCAGGGGAUGGAUGGCAAAUCUGGGUCGGAUCGAAGGGGCAGCGUGGAGAGCGCCCAGUCAAAGAUGAUGAACAGUUCUUUGGGACAUUUCUUCAAGCAGAGGAGUGCUGUCAACAAGAUGCUGGGAAACUGGAGGAAAAUGAUCUCUAGUGUUCCAUCUAGACAGAUUCGCCGGCUCCACAGGCAGAAAGCCCUCUACUCCCCAGAGCAGUUCUUACCUCGUCUGGAUGGCAUGCCGGUGGAGUACGACAAGCUGACCCUGGAUCUCUUCAUGCUGGGUUACUUUCACAUUCUGGAGCUGGACCUGCCUGUGGACGAACGCAAAAUCAGGCACCUGCUGUGUUUUGAGGUGUUCGACCACGUCGGGAGCUUUCCUUGGGAGCUUGUCAGGGACUUCCACAAGGCCGUCAUACAGGACAUCGAGGCCGGGAACCGCGAGUGGAAGGACGGCUUUGAGGACAUUAAAGUAAAGUUCUUUGGAAACGCCGUGAGUCCGUCUGAGAGCCCUGCAGUGGUGGAGAAACGCAGUCUUCCAGGGAUCAUACAGGUUCCUAAAGUCAUCAUCCAGACACCUACACCUGAUGAGAGCUUGCUCAAUGGUGGAACCGACAUUUCCAGUUUCAGUAACGAAGAAAUUUGUAAAUACAUCGACCGCAGUUUUGCUUUUUGGAAAGAGAAAGAAGCCGAGAUUUUUGAUUUUGAGUAGUUGCAUGUGUCAUGCUUUUGAUAUUUUUGUAUGGUUUGUAGUUUGAUGACAUUAGGGCUGGGUAUCAAACUUAAAUACUCUGUGAAGAGUGAAUUGAAAUUGUCUGUAACUAUCAAGUACAGAAAGUGCUUAGCCAGAAUUUUAGCUUUGUUUACUUAUUUGUUGAUCCGAUAUUGCCUGAUUUAAAUUAAAGUUUUCUUAAUUUUAUACUGUAUUUUAUGGUGUUAAAACAUUUUAAAAACAUGUCAGAAGUUUGGACUUUGUUAAAUUUUAAAAAUAACAUGUUUAUAUGCAGUUAUAUAAGAUGCUAAGUAGAUAUUUUGGUACUGGUAUUGAAACUCAGGUAUCAAGUUAGGCAACAGCAUCCAAAAAGUCAGACUAUACCCAGCCCUAUUACAAAAGCCAGCCAGAGUGCU